AAGCCGGCGGGUCACGUGACCGAGCCUGACAAAGCGCCUGGGGCCGGCGGGGGCUGGAGCCGUGGCCCGGGACAGGCGUGUGCGGCCCGGCAGCGCCUCUUGCCCCGGCCUCCAGCCGCCGGAGAAGCCCGGAGCCGUAGCGGUUACUUUUUCCUGUCACUGCGAGGUGCUUGUGGUUUGGGAGCUUAUUGGGCGGUUCUGAUUCAUCAGAGACGUGAUGCUGUUGAAGCUUCAGGUUCAGUGUCUGGCUCUGGAUAAAGAUCUCUCUCCUGCUGUCUGACUGCUGCAGCCUCCUCCCUCCAGGGCUGGCCCCUUGUUGACGGUGCUAUGGACUCUCAGCUUUGGCAAGGUUCCCUAGGAGGGAAUUUCUCAGACUGUCCCAAUGGCUCCCAAUGGGUGUGGGAUGUGUUCAGUGAGUGUGCCCAGGAUAUCCGGGACUUGACCAGUAUUGUGUUGGGUCUGGUUUCCAUCUGCUGCUUUGCAGGAGCUUCCUUCCCCCAAUAUUACCAGGCCUGUAAAACAGGUAAUAUGGACCAGGCUCUCUCCAUAUACUUCCUGCUGGGAUGGCUAGGAGGAGAUUCCUUAAAUCUAAUAGGCUCUAUCCUGGCCAAUCAGUUGCCACUACAGGUCUACACUGCCAUUUACUACGUGCUGGCAGACCUGGUCAUGUUGUCUCUCUACCUCUACUACAAAGUCAGGAACCAGAGCAGAGGCUACUCUGCUCCAAUUAACGCAGCCUUUGCCUUCAUUUUUCUGGGAACGGUGUCAGCAACAUCCUUGCUGGGCAGAGCUGGCUCCACAGUUGAAACAGUGACAUUUAAAGGGAGGACUCUUCUGUCUGCCACAGUGGAUGCAGCUGGAUGUGAGCCUUUCACCAAGAAGGAAAUCAUUGGCUUCACUGUGGGCUCUAUCUCCUCCUUGUUGUAUCUGUUCUCCCGAGUGCCCCAGAUCUACACUAAUUUCAAGAGGAAAUCUACCGAAGGGGUGUCAUACUAUCUUUUCGCUUUGGUGAUGUUGGGGAACUCGCUGUAUGGAAUAAGUGUGCUUCUGAAGAACCCAGACCCAGGGCAAGCUGAAGGCAACUACAUCAUUCAUCACCUCCCCUGGCUGAUUGGCAGCCUGGGGGUCCUGUCUCUUGAUGUGAUUAUCUCCUUCCAGUUCCUUGCCUAUCGGAAGAGAAGACCUCGCACUUCUGAUGAGAGAGAGGCCUUGCUUGGCAAGCAAGAUGAACCCCUUGACAGCUGACGAAGGAACUGUGUCCAAGCAAGAAUGGGAUACUGGUGAGAACUCUGACUUCAAACGAGGGCACAGCCAGUUGCCAUCAGGUUCCUAGACCUGUUUUCUGUUAACAGGAGUUGCCCAAAGAGGAUGUAAGCCAGUGUGUGGUAUGAUGCUUCCUGCAGAAAGUGCUUGGCCACCUGGCAGAGGACUUUCCUGGUAGAUCUCACCUGCUUGUAGUGAUGACUCAAAAGGGAUGAAAUACUGUGACACUUCGGUACCUGGAUCAUAGUCACUUUUAAAAACUAGCUGAAUUUGAUUCUACUUUCCUUCCUCCCCUCCAGAAGGCUGCACUGAGUCACUCUGCAUCAGACAUUACUAGCAAGAAUGAAAGAUUUCUAGGGGAUGGAGGGGAGAUGAGGCUGUCUCCCUUCCUGUUUUAAGCCAAUGAACACAGAUGCUGUGAGCGGCUGCCAUUUAACUUCACCUUUAACGGUUUAUCCACAGUGGCUCCCUUUGCCUAUGUGAAUAACGUUGCACAUUUUUCUUCUGGCAGCUGAGGCUGGGAGUGAGGCCAGUGGUGGGGUUGGGGAGAAGCAUUUUAAUACACGUGUGUAUAAAUAUUUUAUCAGCCAACUUUCUAGAAAAAUAAAUCUUGGUCCAACUUGC